AUGAAAUUGGAAUUACCAGAAUCCAGAUUGCCGUCCUUAUAUAGGGAUUUUAGGCCAUUGAAAGAUUUAAACCCUGAUGGCUACGAUGCAAACAUCAACACAUGGAAGGAGUACUUACGCGAACGGUAUAUCAGUUGCUCAGGUAAAGUCACAUUUGCGAUAGGAACGAGACUAUUGCAAGAGUUAACUCAUGAGGUUUAUGGAGUGCCAAAAAGUAUCGAUAUGGUAAUCGAUGCCCUUGUUAGCGAAGGAGAUCUGGUGCCUAUGGAAGUCUUCCACCGAGGUGGUUUAUACUCUGAUAAUAACAAGCCUGGAUUUUGGAGGUGGAUUAGAAACUGGAAAGGAUCCACGAAUACCUAUAAGAGCAGAAGAGAUGAAUCUAAUUUUUACUUGAAGGAAGAUGAAUUUGUUAUCAAGACAAGAUUGGAAAAGGAGUAUCAAAGAUUUCAUGACCUACUGAAAAAUAGCAUGUUUACAAAAGCUUCAACUAUUACAGAUUUGGUAUUCACAGUGAACGAUUUUGUAACUGAGGAGAGUAUAGGGCCCUUUUUUGAGACUUAUAAUGAAAUGGCAAAGAAGAUUUUUUUAUUUUUUUUGGAGAAUUAUAAGCACGUCAUAAUUUCGAAGGAUAAUGUCGUCAAAAUCAUUGCACCCGAGGUUGAAGAUGUAAUUAGUAGAUUUUCUAAAGACGUCACAGAAAACGACGUUAGAAUUGCUACUGUUAAAGUUGGGAUACUGAACAUUAGCAAACAAAUUACAAGACUACGAAAAGAGAUUGAUAAAUCUGAAGCUAGGCUGAAUGAUCCCGAGUUCAACGAUCUACCUAAUAAAAUACGGAUUGAAUAUAAACAGACCAGAUUAUUAUCUGAAAGACACCUUUCCAAACUUUUGAAGUUUCAAAAUAACUUGGUUGAAGUACGAAGCCAAAUAGAUACCAGUCUUACCAACGCAAUGUUAUUUCAAACUCUGAGCGAAUCCAAUGAAGUAAUUAAAUCGAUCAACGGGUACAUUGGAUCAACUGAAAAAGUGGAAGACUUGCUAGAAGAAAUCAAAGAGGGACACGAUCGUACAGAAGAGAUCAACGAUCUUUUGACUAAUUACAAAACAGGGCAAGACAACGAUGAAGACGAAGAAAUUGAAAGAGAGCUAGAAAAAUUACAACUUGAUGAGAUGAAUAAGAACAGAGAAAACGACUCAAACCGGAAUGCGGAUGAGUCAAAAGAAAGUAGUAACGAAGACUUGUUGGAUAGACUGAACAGUUUGAAAAUAGAUACGAGUGAAGAACCUGUGAAGAAUGAUACGAGUCAAGAUAGAGAAAAGAGGAAAGUUAUGGUGGAAGAACUACAUUAA